GGCAAAUCGUCUGCACCGGUCUGCACCAUCCAGGCAUCCACCAUCUUCUACACAUAUUUUGCGGUGUAGAGAUUUCUGAUGCGGUGCAUUUGAAUUUGAAAAUGUCAGGAAUAUCGGAAAACAUUAACUCAGCGUUGACACAUGAUGAUGAAGACUUCGUUUCUUGCCGAAUCUGUUUUAUCAAUUUUAAUGAAAAGGAACGGGUUCCAAAGUAUUUGGAAAAGUGUUAUCAUUUCUUUUGUCUUCCCUGCAUCAAGGAUUUAACUGGGCCUAAUGGCAGAAAUAAAGUAGCAUGCCCUGUCUGUAGGUUGACUUCAACCCUUUCAAGGACGAAAUGUGAACAAUUAGUCACUAACCAUGUUGCCUUACGCCUUUUAAAAGUAGUUGAAUCCUCUCAGGCAAGAGCUAUUGAAAACAAGAAAAAACAGCUUUGGUGCAUAGACUGUAAUUUUACUGCUUUUGAUGUCUGCUUGCACGAGAAACAUAAAACUUGCAACUAUCUUGAUGUUUACAAUAAUCGUUCACAGAAUCUUGAAUCUAAAAUUAGCCAAAUAAAUUCAUCAUGUGAUCAGGCUCUCAAAGGCUGCCACACAAUUCAAUCUGUCCAUAAGGUAGUUCUUGCCUGGAUUAGAUGGCUUGAGUUAGAAAUAACCCGCAGGGAUGCAUCCAUUAUCACCACAAUUGCUCAGUUAGAAUGCCUUAAAUCAACUGAGGUGUUUGAUGUUUCUGUGGAAGGGGACAUGCAAAAAACAAUUAACCACAUUGAUCAACUCAUAGGCAGGAUCAGUGAAAAAUCUAGAGAAACCAAAGCUUUGGAGUUAGAUGUUCUUGACAUCCUUAAUACUUAUGGGAGUGCCCAACAAGACUCUGAAUACAUAGCUCAUUUUUCUAGUGAAACAUCUCCACCUGAUCUUGUUAACUGGUUUAAAAGGCUAAACUGCCUUAAGCUGGAAACAAAUUUAAGCCAAGGCACAAAGACAUGUGUGAAAAUCCUUGCCUUCUUAGUUACGCUGCUGAGUGGUGAAUUUUUGCAUCAAGGCAACGAUUCAGCAACGAAUUCCAGCGGCAGUGGUAAAGAUAACGUGGUCGUGCAAGUCGACGACGAUCUGAAGAUUGACGAUUGCCUGAAAAGGGAUGGAGGUGGCUGCAAAACAGACGAGAAAAACUGUAAAAACGAUGAGCCCCGCCAUUAUUAUCGUGCAUCUUUAGCUUCUUGUUCAGGGAUGCAGCAAAGCUCCAAGCGAUUAGCCAACAAUCAAGACCCUGAUACCACGUCUUUAAAAAAAAGUCGUUGGGGACCUCCUACUACAAUCGAUGAGGUCUUGGAGAAACAACUAACACACGAAACCAGCAAAAGGCUAAAGCCGUCUAGCAACGGUUCGAUGUGCUAUUUUCAGUUUCUGAUAGAUAACCAGCCAAGCGAACGCGUAAUUUUCAAACUCGACGAUCAACUAGCACCCAUUAUGGCUUCAAAAUUUCGGGAGUUUUGUACUGGGAAUAUACCUCCCGGAUACCUAGGGUCAAUAGUAUUUCCGCAACAUGUAGACCUUAAUGGAUUGCCGGCUUCGAAAAGCAUUACUUCUUUGAGGGGAGGGCAAAUUAUUGAUCAUGAAAACCUGCUGUUCAUCGCUGAUCUAUCGUUGCUUCCGGCCAAACUUGGCUCUGUUUUUUUUACCGUCAAAGAGGACAACGAUUGGGGAACACUUGUUUCGCCCGAAUUCCAAAUACUCCUAGGAGAGCCCAACUGGGAUAAGAAAACGACAAGUACAGUGUUUGGUCACGUUGUCGUUGGCUUUAACGUUUUAGAAAGGAUUAGCAAAAUCCAUAAGGCCAACAAAAGUACAUUGGCUACCGUAAUUGACUGUGGUGUUAUCUGAGUAAGUUUGUUCUCCGUUAAUCCAGAAUUUUUAUAUAAGAUUUGCAGUAUUUUUUGGUUAAAUAAUUUGGUAUGUAUGAAUUUAACUUGUGACUGAAGCGUCUGCUUUAGUAUACGGGGUUGCCUGGCAUUCCGUUGCGCACUGCUUAUUUUUUUCUUCCAACGUCCAAAUUUGCGACCGAAGUCAGAGUCAUAGAACCCUGGUUGGUUCACUAUGGCAUUCCCCCCUUGCAAAAAAGGGGAUACCUUGUGCAAGCCAUAUGGCAGUUUUUGCUCCGACGCUUGCACUGCCUCUACCGGGCUUGUUAGGCAUUCGCCAAUCACAAUAUCCCUUUGUAAAACAACUGGGCCAAUUGCGAAGGAUUUUACUUAGCCAUCAAGUUUGGGAGGAGUCUCUAACAUAAACACAGAGAAUUUUCUAAGUCUUUAAAGUGAAACCGCCAAACACACGACAAAAAAUCACAAAUUGAUAUUGUUCAAAUGUGUUUUAAAUUUUGUUUUCAAAUACAUUCGUAAAAAGAGCAUACGGCACAGGCUUAAAUUAGUUUAAAGCUUUAUCUGUGAAUUACAAACACUUAACAGGUACAGAAAGUUGAUGGAAAAGUGACUUAUGUCACUUAACUUGUAGCAAACAAGGAACCCUGAACGAAAAAUGCGGAAAAAUUCUAACCGACAUUUGGUCAAAUGCCACCGGGCUGAUCACGCAGGCGAGAUUUAUUUAUCUUUUUUUCGUUUCUUAAUGAGACAGUUGCAUGCAAUGCAAUAUGCACCUCUACGUCCAGUGUUAUUUAUUAGCAUCUGUUUUCUUAUGUCUCCUUCUUUCUUUUUUGAAUUUUCCUUCGUUACGACUAGCAAAAUUUCGGAAUGGGAUAUCAGGUUGGAGACCUUUUUAUUCUUCACUUAAAA